CAAUCGACUGUCGCUCAUCGCUGGCGGCAUCGAACGGUCACACUAUUUGCGAAAAUAAUCCACAAAUCCAAAUCAAACUAAAGGAACGAUCCAAUUGUCAACUCAACUGGAUUCUAGUGUUAAAAGGCGUAGUUGUGAUAGAAAGCAGUAGCGCAGCUAGUGUAGUUUUCCACCCCCCUGCUCAGCGAUCGCCUAAAUGGUCACCAUGGAGAACAGCGACGAAAUCCUGCAGAUCCUGGAGCGCUUCACGCGGCUCAAGCAAAAGGAGAUACCCAAGGAGCUGGAGGACUAUCUGCAGUAUGUGGCCAAAACCGGGGACACCAUCUUCAAGUGGUCCAGCCUGAAGUAUCUGUUCCGCGAGAAGCUGCUCAACGUGAUCAAGCACUUCAACGAGGACUCGCCGCGGCUGGAGGAGAUCCCUAACUACCCGAAUGUGGAUCCAUUCAACUAUGAGACCAUGAAGUCCUCGCUGCUCGAGCGCCUGGACCUCUUCAAUGCAGCUCCUUUCACCAUACAGCGCUUGUGCGAGCUGCUGAUCGAUCCCCGCAAGCAGUACUCGCGCAUCGACAAGUUUAUGCGAGCUCUGGAGAAGAAUAUUCUGGUGGUCAGCACCAUUGAUCCGGGACGCAAGCGCACCGAGAGCGAGAAUGGCGAUUCGCUGGACUCCGUGGUAAACGGAGACCUCUCUCUGGAGGUCAACAUCGACAUCGAGAUGGAGAACGAGGCCCUGUUCAACAAUGGCAACGCCGAGGAGGGCUCAGCGCCUAGCUCCGGUUCGGCAAGCGGUGCUCAGAAGGUAAGCUGUCCGCGAUCGGACGACAAUGAACAGCCCAAGGCCAAGAAGGCCAAGCUGGAGAUCGGCGGCGAGGAGCCCUCGGAGGCCACCGAUGAAGUGCCCGCCGAACCGGAAGAAGAAGUGGCCUCCAAGGCUAAGAAGGACAAGGAAGAGAAGGGCGACAACGAUGAGACUGAUUCUCCACAAGAGGCCGCAGAGAUCGAGGAGCCCGACGAGGAGGUGGAGGAACCCGAGCCAGAGGCCAAGACCACCAAGCAGGCUGUAAACGGCAGCAAGAAGGAGAGCGAGCAGGGGGAGAGCUCCCCAGCAUCCGCCGAUGAGGAGGCGGAGGACCCAAUGCUGAGUAAAUCACCAGAUGCCGAAAAAAAACCAGCUUCUAAGGAGAAGGAAGAGUUGGACAAAAAGGAGACGGCCGGGACACCAGAAGAGAACGUAAAGAAGACAGAGGCCGAAAAGACCGACAAGUCGGACGAUAAAGUAGAACAGCCAGACGAUAAGCAGACUGGCGACAAGGCCACACCACCAGCUGAGGCUGAAAAAGAGGAGCCUGCCAAAGCAAAGGCAGAAAAGGAGAAGGAGGAGGAGGAAAAACCUGCUCCGGUUGCAGCCGAUAAGAAGGAGGAGAAGAAAGUGGCUGAGACUGAGGCUGCACCAGCAGAUAAGCCCGCUGAGGAGAAGGCAGCUCCCGCCGAAUCGAAACCGAAGACCAAGUCUGAGGCCAAGCCAGAGGCCGAGACCAAGGAGAGCCAACCUGAAAAGACUGAAACCAAGCCGGCCAAGGAGCUGUUGUCGGAGGAAAAGGAGUCUGCCGAGCCGGCAGCAGAAGCCAAGGAGAAGAAAGAGGUCGAGACUACGGCUGAAGCAGUCAAGGAAACAGUUGAAGAGUCACAGGAUGGGGAAGCUUCCAGUCCCGCUGUCGAAGAACUGGCCGCCGCCACCACACCACAAUCUCCACUCGGUGCUGCCGACUCGGCUGCCGAGACGCCGCCCGCCGACCCGGCUGCCGAUGAUUCGCAGGCUUCGCCCUUGGCCGCCGUUACUCCGCCAACUCUGGCCCUCAAUGACCAGCCCAUGGAGGACACCCCGGCCGAAGAGGAGGCAAGAGUCUCGCCCUUGGCCGCCGUUGACGAGGUAAUGGCCGAAAGUGGCCCCGCCGCCGAAAUGGCCACCGAAGAGGCUGCUGCCAAGGAUGAACCGGCCGCCAUGGAGGUCGAUGACACCAGCCAGGAGGUGAUGGACCAGUAAAGCCGGCCCACCCAAGCGCCGAUUACAACUACAUUCAACUACUACUCCAUAUAAUUAGAAUUUUAAGACAAGCGCCCCAUUCCGAAAGUAAUGCAGAUGUAAUCCUGCCCGCGCUGUUGCCUAGAGAAGAAUUACGGAUUCGUGUGAUCCCCGUGAAACAGGCGGGUUGGCAGCUCCCCUUUUGUAGCCGUAAGUCGCAGCCGAGACAAGCUCAUGCUCUAGAAUCUGUUGCUGUUUUCGUUCCCCCAGUUUGUGUCUCUAUAUGUUGGUUCCUCCUCUAGUGUUGUAUUUAUAUAUUUUAGACUAACCCCUGACCAAUUUUAGUGGUUCUGCUCCCAACCCCGCCCCGUAUGUCCUGUUUUUUUUAUAAAUCUAGUAGUAGAUGCUGUCCCAGAAGCGAGCUUCGGUUAGAUGUGAGCGAUUAAACACACAAUAAACACUAUCCAUAUAAAUA